AUUGCCACCACUUCCGGUGAUUUCCCGCGAUUAGUCCUAAUGCAAAGUAAACAAGAAAGGAAAAAGCUAUCAAGAUGGAUCUGAUACAACUGGAAGGGACCGACAUCAAAGCACGCAAAGAAUGUUACGCAAAGUUCAACAAGCAUUUCAAGGAGACAGCUUAUACAGAUCCGGAUAGACAGACUGUGAAGGCCUUUAUUGAAGCGGCAGCUAGCGAUAUUCAGACUACAGACUCCACUGAAGCACUGUUUGAAGCUGUACAGUCUCUCAUCAUCUGUCUUAACUCUGAGAACAUGGUCAUAGUGCUAGACCAGGAGGAUUGCAGCCACAUCUUGAAGGCGCUGUGUAUGGCUGUUCCCCGCACAUCAGACAAGACCUGUACACAGAGGGCACUCUUCUGUCUUGCCACUCAGAAACUGCCUGACUCUACAGUUCAGAGUAAGGUAGAGGACAUUUUAUCCAGUGUGACGCUGGCUAUGGAAAAGUGGCGCGGCCAAUCUAUGACUGUGGAAAACGAGUGUCUAAAUGUUGUUGACAGACUGUUGAAACAAGCAGAAAAUGAGACCAUAACCAAGACGCGAGAGUGGGGUGGGAUAGUUGUUCCCUUGUUAACGCAUGCAGCUAUAAAGGUGCGGGAACACGCUAUUCAGGUCAUCACAGCAAACUUGGAACACCUGAUAUUGUGCCAAAGACAGCUUACAGCUGACUUGAAAAUGACAAUAAAACAGAUGAUUGUUCCGAAUCUGAAGAGACUGUUUAAUGAUGGUCAGCAGCUUUAUGUGCUGAAAUGUUGGGGAAUACUGGUACAAAUGCUGGGCAAGGAGCUGCAUUCAUCCUCCCAGUUGAAUGAACUACUGCCUGUUGUGGAACUCGGCUUCAAGUGUAUCAGUCCGGACGUGAAGGUGGCUGCAUUCCAUGCAUGGCAACAUCUCAUUGAUAAUUUCAGCCUCAGUCAAGCUGUGAUACAUGACCCGAAGAGAAUCAAGCUUUGUAUGCAGGUAUUCAACCAUAACAACACCAAAACAGAACCAGUUGCCAUGGCGAAACUCAAAGUGUGGUGGCAUUUUAUCUGGUUGCUUGGCAACAAGUUUUCAACUUAUUUUGAUAUGGUUGGUGUUCCAUUUCUACGGUUUUGUAUUGGAGGCACCACAGUAGCACAAAAGGGGCCGGGCUCCACACCCAAAAUGUUGCCAAACGGAGGAAGCCCAGCCACGCCUCAUCUCAAGUUGACCAGUCCUGGCCACACCCACCUGCCUGUGUUUUCACGGUUACAGUUGCUAGGAAUUGAAGCACUCGCUCACUUCUUUGGUAAUCCAGGGAAUGAGGCUUUUCAGACAGAACUGGAUGCUCUACAGCAUGAGGUUGUGACAGGUCCGUCCUUCUUCAUUAAACAUUCUUCCAUAUUGAUAUCGAUGGCAACAGAACUCUUCAACAGUCAGGGUGCCAGCUGCCCAGAUGGCCUGGUUUCGCACAUUUGGCAGUGGAUUGUGGCCCACUUCAAGAAUGCUGUGGACAGUCCUGUGAAGCUGGACAUCAGGGACACAUUGAAGACCAUACUUCUCAAGUUCCAGCUUGUGGUACUCAGUAGGAACUUGGACAACAGUUUGGUACUUGCUAUGUUCAAGUCACUGUGCACUAUAUCCAAGAAGGUGAUGUCUUCCACAGCUUACAAUAUACAGUCUGGUGAGACUGUCAAUGGCACGCCAGCCAUGUUUCUGAUCAGUCUCCUCCUGACACCCAACUUGCUCCAGUCCAGUGCCACCUCCACCCUGUACCACCAGUUAUUCUCCUCCCUGCUUACAGUAGGGGCCAGCCCCGCGGCCAUGCUAGACUUCCUGCAGUCUGUCCUGGACGUUAUGGUGGGAAGUUGUUUGCUGGAAGUAAACAAGGAAGCUGUAUGUAAAUUGUGGUCAGCAGUGGUCUCCCCUUUGUUGGAACACAUCAGUAAGACCAGCGAAGUGAAUCAGGGAGACUCAGUGGAACACAACUUCUCCUGCUGUGUAACCGCCCUUACAUUCCCUGUAGCACAGAGCUUACACAAUUCUCCACAGUCUGCAGUCAAGUCCCUACUAAAGACCUGGACAGAUCUGUACAGUACGGUAAGCCGGCUGGCAUCCCUCGUAACAUCAGCAAGAGCUAACACAGUCUGUGAGGAAAUCUGCGCAGCUUACCUUGAGAUAUUUAGCAAGCAGGAAUCAAUGGAUUGGGGUGAGAUGGAUAUGACGGUCCAGAUGUGUGUGGUGAUGACUUCUAAUCUUGACUUCUCUAAUGUGGACAACCAGGUUGCCUUCAACCUAGGCCAACACAUAUGGGGUCAUAAGAGGGUCCAUGUUCUAGAGAACUUCAACUCCCUUGUGUGUCUGCUGGCCCUUCUGCAGAAACAAGCCCUCACAAAGGCAACUGAAUCUGAUGCUGUAAAGAAGUUGCAAUGUGGUGGUAUCCAGGGAUCUCUGAACGGGCUUAUUGACUGUUUCUCAACCAUCUUCAAAAGUAUGACAUCAUGCAUUGUUAUUUUGAAUCUGAUUGGUCACCUGGCUCAACCAAUUGGCGACCUGUUUAGUGAGGCUUCCAAGAAAACCACAGUGAAGGUCUUCAAUAAUUCUUUCCAGCAAAAGCUGGAAUCCUUAUGGAUGGACAUAUGCACAUGUAUACAGGGACGCUACUCUGGCCUGGUAGACAGCGAGUUCCUACACAAGUUAUCUCCCUUGCUGGAAGCUACGUUCUUGCACAGUCGGCGGCAGAUCAAGAACCAGACCCUCGCACUGUGGAGCUCCUUAUUCAGCAAGGCUUCAGAACUGGAUUAUCCUGUAUCACUUAAGCCCAUUCUGACUAAGGUGAAAACCAAGUCUUCUAUUAAACUUCCCGGCUUUAUCCCCAUGGAGCCAGCGGUGAUUGAGGAAACCCCUGUCAGUCAGAUGACCCAGGGUGCAACCCCAGAGCCCCAUCUUCCUGGCAUGCCCUCCCCCCACAAAAUCAUGCGUGGGAGCUUCCUGAACAAGCCAGUUUCACCACGCCCUUCUAAGUCGCCGAUCAAGACGCCCCAUUCGCCCAGAGCUGCUGGAUCUGCCAAGAAGAAAGUUCUCUCACUUGAUGGAUUUGAUGAAGGGGAGUUUGUGGCCAUAAAGUACUCCCCGAAGAAGAUGGUGCUCACUGAGCACCAGAAAGAUGUUCUCAAGGAGCGACAUGCCUUGCCAACUGUGUACAACAGUCUAGAGAACUCUGUGGAUGCCUCGCUGAUGGCUGCACACUUCUCAACCGACACCCAGAUGGAGGUAUCCAACAGUUCAACCCCGACCCCCACCACAAACAUAAGUCAGCCUUUCUCCCUGUUUGGAUCCAUGGUUCCACCAACACUGGAAACCAACAAAUUGAAUUCCAUGUCCCCAUCCUCGGCAACUUCUAAAAAGGGAAAAAGAAAAACAGCCAAGGACUCUAAAGGGAAAUCACAGGAUAAAACGACUGAUGGCGCUUUGGCGACAAAGAAAAAAUAUGAAGAUUCUAAUUUGUCAUCCUCUGGAUUGAGACGGUCUGUUAGAUUUAGAGAAAGUAAACAAGAUGAUUCUCAGGAAUCAAACACUGUCAAUGAAGUUGGACCUAAGGAAAAAUCAGAGAAGCGAAUGAAACUAUCUGAAAACAAGUUAGAUAAAGAGGGCAAGCAGGAAGAACCAACUAAAACUUUUGGGGAAGCAAAACAGGAUUCGUAUGUUGUAAUUGAAGAGAGCGAACAAAUGGAUGUGGAUGAUUUAGAUAAUGAAAAUGUUAAUAAUGAUAAGAGAAAAGAUGAACAGAACAAUGUGAACGUUUUGAACGUUUUGAACCCUGAAAGUAAAGGAGAUGAAGUGAAAAUCAGUCAAGUUGAUUUGACAAAGGACUCCCAGGAGAUGGAAACUCAACCUCCUGCUGAUAUGACUGUUGAAGCUACAGCAAAUGAAGUGAGAUCUUUUGUAGACAAAUCUGAUUCCAAGUGUGAGAUUUCUGAUGAGAAAUGUGAAAGUUCAGGAGAUAAGGGUGAGAGUUCAGGAGAGAGAAGCUGGUCCAGUUGUUCAGUGCCUCAGAAUGUUCUAGGAGUGGCUUUGUAUACACAAAUCUCUUCCAGUAAAACAAGUGAAUCCAAGUCUGAUGAAUCCGUUCCUUCUAGUGAUGCAAAAACAAUUGAUAGUGAAGAUAAGAAUUUUGAAAAUUCUAGUUGUGAAACUGAAACUCAGGAGAAAGAAAAAACAUCCUCAGAUCCACUUUUAAGUUGGUGCCAGAAACUAACAGAGUUGAGCCAAUCCCCAAAGAUUAUAUCGCCUAUGAAAAGAUUUGCAAUGCAAGAAAUUACAAGUUCUCCAAUGAGUAGGGCAAAAUCUCCAUUGAAAUCACCAAGAAGAAACAAAAAGAAAACAAAUGAUGAAAAUGAAACAAAGGGAGCUUUAGACAAAUGGGUUAUUAGAUCUCCUGUCAAAGGUCUGGGAUUGUUUGAAAAACCAGGGAAAAUAAUUACUGUUGGACAUGUUUCACAAACUUUGGUUGAAGAAACUCAAUCACCGACAAAGUUUUCUAAAGUCAAGGAGAAAAAUUCAGAUGGGCUUUCACCAUCUGUUAUGGAAACGCCACCGAAAAGUGUACUUGAAACCAUUCCUGUAAACCUUGGUAACAGCAGUCGAAAAUUGUUCGGUUCUCAAUAUUGUAACGCAGACUUUGACAUUGUUGGAGAUUCUAACAUUGUACCAGCGUCACCAAACUCAAAAUCCUUCACAUUGAAAACAGGCACACCUGUUAUAAAGAUCAGAAAAUUAACAGACGAUGAUAUAAGACUAUAUAGUCCAAGCAGGAAUGAUACAGAAAAUGAUAAAGGCACACCCCAGAAGAAGAGGGCUAAAAAGGAACCUGAUUCUGUUAAAAAGCUAGAUUUUUUCCAGGUUGACAAGAAACAGAAUCAAGCUGACUUUUUAUCAUUUAAAGAACUUGACAAUAACGUCUUUCCAGAUGAUGAAUCAGACUUCGAAGAUGAAAUGUUGAAGCUUACAACUGGUCAGUUACAAGAAAAGGAGAGUGUUAAUGGUGAAUCAGAAGACCCAUUUGCCAGCUCACAAGAAUUAUUUAGCCAAGAUUCGAAUGUUGAUGACACAAACAUUGUAAAAAUGACUGAUUUUGACACAAUUGGAUCUGUAGGAAAUGAAGUUGAAGAAGAGAAAAACUGUGAAGAAGUUUUGGACACUCAAGCAACUUCCCAGGACGAUUUAGCUAAAACUAAUUCCUCACAGACUGAAACACCUAGAAGAAAAGGAAGAUCUAGAAAACAAGUGACUCCAAAGAAAAUGACACCAGAGGAUUCAAAACAAAGCAAAAAGAAAAAAGGUGCUGUUGAAGAUGUUGGAUGUGCCAAUAAAGUUAGCGCUAGAAUUAAGAAAAUGAAGGAAAGGGUUGACAAAUCAAGUGAGGAUAAGCAAGACAAGAACAAGGAAACGAAUGAAACAGUGGUAUAUGAUAAAGAAAGAGAGAAUUUUAAAGAGGAUGAUAUAACUUCGCCAAACAGGAAUGAAAAAACAAGUAAGAGCAGGAGCGACAAGUUUAAAACAAAAGCUAAAACUGGAAUGGGAAUGGAAAGAGAUAAUAAUCCAAUGAAAGUAGUGGAUGGUGAAACAGAAGCUAUUGAAAGUUUGAGAGGCCAAGAGCUUUCCAGCUCAAGUUAUGAUAAAGAUAUGGAGAGUGAUAUCAAGUCAGAUGAAACUAUGGAGGUUCAAAGAGGGCAAACAACUCUAAAAAUGAAGGAGAAGAAAAAUACAAGAGAUAAUAAGAAGUUGAAUGCUGAAGAUGUCACUAAAGAAGAGAGUAACAAAGCUUUGUCUUUGAGAAAGUCUGAUGGUGAUCAAUAUAAAACGAGUAACACACAGAAUGAAUGUUGCAGAGAUGAAGAGAAUAUCCCAGAGGAAAAUUCCAAUGGGAUAGGUAUAGAUGAUAAAGUAUCAAAAGAGUUAAGGACAACUGAAGAAUUUAUGGAAGUCGAUACACCUGAGAAAACAGUUCUAGAACAUACAGGUGAGCAAACACCAGAAACCAAGAGUGGAUUGGAAAGAAGUGCAACCAAGCACAAGAAAGAGGUAGCCCAAAAAGUAGCAAAUAAGCGUCUGAAAGACGUUGUUGUCAUUGAUAGUGAUUCAAACCUUGACACUGGAGAUGAGCUUCCUGAGCUGGAACAAGUUGUUCUGUUUGUUGGUAAGGGCUUACCUAGCAGCAGAAAACUUUAUAAUGCAAGCAAUGAGAAAGUAGCUGACAGUCCAGAGAUGCAAGUGGAAAAAAACAAUGAUUCAACUUCUCAUAACAUUGCAUGCUCUGAUUUAGAUGAUUCAGAAGACGACAUUCCCAUUCAACAAUUAAAAGAGAAUGUAAUGGAAGCAUAUUCAAAUAAUAAAGAUAGAAAAAGUAAUACCCCUCUAAUAACAGGAAAACUCAGAUCAAGCAGUUUGAAGAAAGCAAAAUUUAAGUCUGGAGACAAAAAAUCCAAAACUUCACCAAUAGCAAAAAAAGCAAUAAAUUUAGCGCUCAAGAGAACAAAAAAUAACAAUAAAAAGAAAUUAAAUGUAGAAAUUGCUGUAUCAGCCGAUGUAACUGAUAAGAAAGCUGAUGAAAUCAUUGUUCAAACAGAUGGUGUUGAUGGUAAUUCUACAAAAACACAUUCAUUUAGUAGCAUGAGCAAAGAUGACUUAGAGCUUGGCCUUACAGACCUUGAAAAGAUGAUAGAAACCCCUGAAAAAGAUAAAACCUGUACAAAAGGUGUGGCAGAUCCAUUUCAGGUAGCUUUAUACUCCGACAGUAAGCUUUUAAUUCGAGGCAGAAGGUUCCAAAAGCGAGGUAUGGCGAGAAGAAGUAUUCUUAAGAUUGGGUCAAUGGGUUCUACUGAUGAGUGCCUCUCACCGGUGAGGACUACAGCGUUCCAUCCCAUCACCGUGAGAACAAUACAUUCCCCAACUGCAUCACCCAGCGCCAGCAUUUUAAAGAGGAAGCGACUGAUUGAUGACCCUGGAUCAGAUACAAACUCUCCACCUACCAAGCAAAGGCGUGUGUCUUUUGCAACGCCUGUGGAUGAUGGUGGGACCCCUUUGAGUCAGAAAGUUGCCCCUUCUUCCCCCUUAGCCAGACCCCUGAUAUCGCAGCCUGUGCCUGUAUUAAUGUUAAUGCAGGAAAAGCCAUCCCAUAAAAACACCCCCACACCCUCAACCCGGGCAGAAUCGCCUGCAAUAACCAGUCAAGCUCCACCCCCCUCAUCCUGGCCCACAGACACCCAGACCCAGUCCAGUAUCGGAAGCCCGAGUCUGAGGAUGUAUGAGGCUACACAGCAGUCACAGCUUAUGGCUACAGAGCCCAUCUGUCAAGAUAUGGUGGAGUGUUACCUGCCAGUAGCCAAAGUGCUGCCGGACCUGAACUCAUCUGCAUGGUCUCGUGGUUUAAGCCAGUUGUUCAAUGCUCGAAACAUCCUGACAGUGGGUGACCUCGCAGCACUCACAGAGCUGGAGGUACAGGUUUUACCAAUACGGCCACCAAAAGUUGACACCGUGAAGAAGGCGCUGGAAAAGCUGGAGAGUAGGUUGACCAAGAAGGGGAAAAAUCCUGCACCUAGCAAUGAUGUUGAUGCUGGCCUUAAAACACUUGCUGAAAAUGCUGUCACCACCAAUGAGGCUUCUUCCAGUGCUCAAAGCAAGGACGACUCCAGCAAGGCAUCCCAGGGAUUUGAUGUCUCCAAUAUCAGUCAGGUGGCUCAUCAGCCAGCUGUUGAUAGGCCAUCAGACUCAAAGUCAUGUGGCCCUAAAGACAGCCAAUCAGAAUCUUUGACAGACAUGAUAGCUGAUGUUAUGGGGAAACUGAAAGAAAAGCGGGGAAACUUAGGUGAAGAAGAGCUGGAGAAACUGGAACAGGAUGUAGUGAUGAUGUUGGUGGAGUUAAAGUCAGAGAAAAAGGGCAGGAGCUUGGCCAAUAAGCUGUAGUAGGUCUGAACUAAUUUAUAAGAUUUUUAUAUCUUUUCAGAGUGAAUCUGAUAUUUUAUUAAAUAUAUGGGAAAAUGACAGAAAUGUGAGCCAUAAACAGUAGUGAAAAAAAAAAUCUUCAGUGAGCUUUACUGCACAUUUUUGAAUUUAAUGUGUUUUCAGGGUGAAUCAAAUGUGUAAAAAAUGUGAUUGUUAGUCUAAGUAUAUAUGAAGAGUGAUGUUACUGCAGUUCGUAAAUUAAAAAUGGGAAGAAGAAUUACUGAGAUGAGAGCCAUAGGCUGUUAUUACAUGAUUAUUUAUUACCAGCAUACUAAUCACCUAGAAUUAUAUUAAUGCACAAGGGAGAAGUUUGUCUUUAGAACAAUGUGUAUGAGAGUGUGGUUGUGAUCAGGGCUCGAAUUUAACUUUUUUUGAUACUUGCCAAUUUUUGCGAGUGGUUGAAUUUUCAACUCGCAAAACCUGAAACCUACUCGCAUUUUUUAGGUCAACCCUUUGUGUUUGCUCGGGAAAAAAUAUUGUAUGGAAAACACUGAUUUAAGGCAUAGUAAAAAAAAUCAUCUUUCUGCUUUUUAUCACUAUACAGACUGUGUCUCAAUACGAUUAUCGCCAAACACCGCCGCCAAAAAUGAAAACGAAAGACCAGUCUACAAAACUUGAACAUAGUAACGAGUACCUGCCACAUAGUAACGAGUACCUGCCUGUGCGCAGAACGUUAUUCUACGUCAUCAAUUUCAGUGUGUUUAUUGGAAAACGAAAGUAGGCAUUUCUAAAAUUUGUUUUACAUUUAUUGUGCAGGAAUAAGUCACCAAUUGUGUUUAUAUCUCUUUCAAGUAUUCAAUAUUUUCUGCAAAUUUUGAACUGAGUGUCUUUAAAUUCAUCUUGCAUUUUCCAAUUUUGACUCCCAUUUUGCGAGUUUGCGAGUGCUUGAUUCGAGCCCUGGUGAUGGUUGUUUUUCAGUUUUGGUAUGCAUGAUUCUUGUGCUUAUGACAACGAAGGGAUUUGUGUUAAAAAACAAUUACUGCCUUUGUACAUGUUUUCCUGUAUAUUUGUUAUGUUUCCAGUCUUAAAAAUUCAGAUUCUCAAGCACUAGCCCAAAUAAAGCCUCUCCAUAGUACCAUAAUUUGCAGGGGGAUACAUAUUGUUUACAAACUUCUUUGUCCAUCACGUAUCUCCGUGAAGGAUUUUGUUUAAACUCUUAUGAAAUAUUCAGCACAUUAAGAUGCCGAAUAUUAGAACAUUCUAGGCAUUUUGGCUCAAAGGUAUGAGCCAUAGAUUUCAUGUCUGCUGCAUAUCUCCUAAACCCCUGAAUGAGUUUCAUGAACCUUGGUCAAUCUGGCAUGCAAAACCACAUCUCAAGGUCAAGGUCACUGUUCAAAGACAAAGAUUUGAGCCAUAAAUUUCAUGUCUGUUUCAUUGCCUAAUCCACUUGAAGGAUUUUCAUGAAACUUGGGUAAACUAAACUAAAAUAUCUACUAAGCCCCUUGAAUUAUUUUUAGUUUGACCAAUCGAAGAAUAAGAAGGGCUAUACUACUCGCAUUGGCGUCCGGUUAAAGUUUUAGGGCAAGUUGAGAUUUUCACUUAUAAGUCCAAUACCCUUCAUUCAAUUGACUUAUUACUUCACACAGUUGUUCAGGCCCAUCACAUGAUGAGGUUAGAUAACUCCAUAUUAUCCUUUAUACAAAUUAUGGCCCCUGAUUGACUAUUGAACUUGGGUUAAGUUUUAGGGCAGGUUCCGAUAUUUAUUAAAAACUUCUAUACCCUUCGUUCAAUUGACUUAGUACUUCGCACAAUUGUUCAGGAUCAUUACACAAUGAGGUUACAUAACUCCAUAUUAUCCUAAAUACAAGUUAUGGACCCUGAUUGACUUGAGUUAAAGUUUUAGGGCAGGUUAAAGUUUUAGGGCAAGUUGGGAUUUUCACUUAUAAGUCCAAUACCAUUCAUUCAAUUGACUUAAUACUUCACACAGUUGUUCAGAGCCAUCACAUAAUGAGGUUAGAUAACUCCAUAUUAUCUUUUAUACAAAUUAUGGCCCCUGAUUGACUACGGAACUUAGGUUUAAGUUUUAGGGUAGGUUGGGAUAUUUAUAAAUAACUUCUAUACCCUUCAUUCAAUUGACUUAAUUCUUCACACAAUUGUUCAGGACCAUCACACAUAACUGUUUAAGCUACAUAACUCCAUAUUAUCCUCUCGUUUUUUUUUAUUUCUUUUGAAAGGAACAUUUUUAUAUUCUUAACCACAUUUACAUAAAGGGAAAAAAAGUUAUUUGAAUGACUUGCGUCAUUGUUUGGGCGGGCUGGUGGGAGGGCAGCAUCAAAGUCACCUUAUGUAUCAAAUAAUUUUAGCUAGGUUUGACAUAAAGAGACCAAACUUGGUAUAUAUGAAGAGUUUAUGCAGACCUUUUAUGGGAAAGUGUUAGCGGCCCCUAUGAUCAAGGUCAAGGUUACUAUUAAUAGAAAAAGGGUUGGUAUUGAAUAACUUAAGUAAGGGUCUACAUAUUGUGACCAAACUUGGUAUAUAGGAAGAGUUUAUAGAGACCUUUACUGAGAUUGUGUUUCGGGUCCUGAGAGCUAUGGUCUAGGUCAGGUACCCAAAGGUCACUGUUGCUAAAAAUAGAAAUAUGGUUAGUACUGAAUAACUCAAGUAAGGGUUAACAUUGUGUGACCAAAUUUGGUAUAUAGGUCAAGUUUAUGCAGAGCUCUCGUGGAUUGCCUUUUGGCCCCCUAGGGUCAAGGUAACUGUUGCUAUAAAUUAGGGAUGCAAACAAAUAUUCGAAUAUUCGAUCAAACGUUUGGUAUUCGAAUGUCAAAAUCGGUACCGUAAAUGCCUGGGUAUUAGACGCCCUUUUUUCCCUCAGAUUUCGAUGCAAAAGAAUGCCUGCGUAUAAUACCCAGUAACAAUUUUUUUAACUUUUUUUCUGAGGUCGAUUUCAAGCCUAGAGUUUGUUUAGAUUUAUGUAGAAAGGGAUGUUACUCGCGUCAUAUCAAUCGAGUAUAUAUGAGUUAAAACGGCAGUUGAAGAUCGGGAUACGAUAUAUCGUAAGACGUUUAUAAUUUAAACAAAAAUAUUUUUCAAUUGAAGUUAUUCAAUAUUAUUUUGAAUAAUAAAUUGAAUUGAACAAUAAUUAAACUUGCAUAUAUAAAAAAGCAAAGUUGGGCACUGUCAAAAUAUUUGUUGUCAGUUGUACAAGAAGGUGUGAAAAACUCGACUGCUUUUAACCUGUUUAUCAAUGGUCAUUAACUUAUUUAUUACGCCUAUAAGUGUAAAUCCUUAAAUAAGUGUGGUACAAGUUUGAAAGUUUAUUGCCAGAUCGUUUUACAAACAUGUCAUGUUUAUGUUUUCUUAAUCCCUUGAUUGCCCUUGUUGUUUCUUUAAUCCUCCAAUAAAUAUAUCACACUUCCUUUUCAACAGGGAAUAAAUCGUUUAGGAUGGGGUAGUAACUAAUUAACUUGUCACAGUGGUGUAUACUGUUAGGUAAUCUAGCCAGGCAUUGUAAAGAUAAAAAUCAAUAAUCUUCGUCUGUGAAACUUGGUAACUGUGAAAUUUAUGAUUGCUGUCCUUUGGGUGUCCGAAAAUUAGGUACGCAAAAUAAUUAUGGGUGUCCGAACUCUUAGGUGAAUUACGGUACUUUAUUCUUUUCUGUAGGUGUUGACAUUUUGAGAACAAACCCGUACAAUAUAAGGUUUUUGCAUAACUUAACUUUUCAUUCUCAACAGUUUAUCAUUGUAUGGUUUUAAAGAUAACCGUCGCCAUUUUCACGGAAAAAAUUUUUUUUGUCACUGUCAACAAACAUGGUGGCCGAAAAUGCCAGACGAUUUGAUAUUUUUUCUAUGCGUCUUUUAACCCAAAACAUAGAUUAAAUUAAUUUUUUUGACUUUUCACAGAUUUUUUUCCCUGCGUCUAAUAUCCCCUAUCGUCUUAUACCCAGUCAUUUAUGUUAUUCGAAUAUUCGAUGUUUUAUUGUUGAAUAAAUAUAAUAAUGAACCUUUUGCCUACAACUCUGUUGUUGUGUUUAAUGUUUGUUUGUCAAGUUUUUACAACAAUUGGCCAAUACUGCCAGAGUAGUGAAUGUGAUAACAAGACACUAAACAUGCUUCAAAUGUCAUUUAGGGACAUAUUGUCGGGUCCUAUAAAAAAAAAAACGUAAUCUUACAAUAACUGGCUUAAUAAGACAAGUGACACACAAAAUUCAAUUAUUAUACCCCCACAAACGAAGUUUGAGGGGGUAUAUAGGAGUGAGCUUGUCUGUCGGUUUUCAUGGUUUCCGGACGAUAACUCAUGAAAGGCUAGACAGAUUUGAAAAUUUUUUGGUACACAGGUGUAACAUCAGAAGAUACAGGUCAAGUUCGAUAUUGGGGCUGGUGGGGCCAAGGUCAAGGUCACUGUUACUAAAAAUAGAAAAACGGUUUCCGGACGAUAACUCAUGAAAGGCUUGACAGAUUUGAAAAAAAUUUGGUACACAGGUGUAACAUCAGAAGAUACAGGUCAAGUUCGAUAUUGGGGCUGGUGGGGCCAAGGUCAAGGUCACUGUUACUAAAAAUAGAAAAACGGUUUCCGGACGAUAACUCAUGAAAGGCUUGACAGAUUUGAAAAAAUUUUGGUACACAGGUGUAACAUCAGAAGAUACAGAUCAAGUUAGUGAGCUUGUCGGUCGGUCGGUUUUCAUGGUUUCCGGACGAUAACUCAUGAAAGGCUAGACAGAUUUAAAAGAAAUUUGGUACACAGGUGUAACAUCAGAAGAUACAGGUCAAGUUCGAUAUUGGGGCUGGUGGGACCAAGGUCAAGGUCACUGUUACUAAAAAUAGAAACACGGUUUCCGGACGAUAACUCAUGAAAGGCUUGACAGAUUUGAAAAAGUUUUGGUACACAGGUGAAACAUCAGAAGAUACAGGUCAAGUUCGAUAUUGGGGCUGGUGGGGCCAAGGUCAAGGUCACUGUUAUUAAAUAAAGAAAAAAGGUUUCCGGACGAUAACUCAUGAAAGGCUAAACGGAUUUGAACAAUUUUUGGUACACAGGUGUAACAUCAGAAGAUACAGAUCAAGUUCGAUAUUGGGGCUGGUGGGGUCAAGGUCACUGUUAUUAAAAAUAGAAAAAUGGUUUCCGGACGAUAACUCAUGAAAGGCUUGACAGAUUUGAACAAUUUUUGGUACACAGGUGUAACAUCAGAAGAUACAGGUCAAGUUUGAUAUUGGGGCUGGUGGGGCCAAUGUCAAGGUCACUGUUACUAAAAAUAGAAAAAUGGUUUCUUCUUCAUAACUUUAAUUGGGCAUGAGAUAUUGUGAUGAAACUUGCUGUAUAGGCAGCCUCUGUUAAGACAAUGCUUGUGAUUGAAAAUGGGGCCAGUGGAGUAAAGGUUUUUUGUGCACUGUUACGAAAGUAGGAAAACGGUUUCCGGACAAGAAGAUGCAGUGUGCAGUAACCUUGGAGUUAUGGCCUCUUUUCAAAGGAAUGGUUUGCCAUUCCUGUGUCCAGGCGGCAUUUGAGGGUAUUCAUCACUCCUAUGACAGCUCUAGUUUUCGGUUAAUUUGAAUGCCUUUGCCGGUUAAGGAAUAAACUAGUUCACAAGUUGGUUUAUUUUGUCCAUAGUUUUUUUAGUAGAGUUAAAUUGCAGAACGAGGAAAUGCCUUCCAUUGGCGCAUAACGCCAUUUGACCAGAAUCCAUCUAAGUUUUUGUUGUCCUCAAAUAUGAAGGCAGAGAAAUAUCAAUUAAAAUAUUUUGUUUUCUCCUAGUUCAUACUGUAUUAUUUUUUGUCUUUUUGAAAUGAGGAAUUUCAGAGGCUAAUUUGGUGAAAUUCAGGGUCUGCCGCGCGUAGUGGUUAUGACAAAGAAGGGCUAAAAUGCCACGUUAAUACUUUAGCGAAUAUAAUAAAUCUUUAAAAGAUGUAUUUUGUUCGAAAGAAUUACCGAAUAUUCGAAUAUCAAUUUUGCCAUUCGUUUGCAUCUUUACUAAAAGUAGAUUACUGUUUCAGUUAUGGUUGACAUACUGUGACCAAACUUGAUAUGUAGGAAGAGUUUAUGGAGGAUUUUCAUGGGAUUGUAUUUGGGGCCCUUAGGAUCAAGGUCACUGUUACGAAAAAUGGAGACAAGCAGUUGAAACUGAAUCUCUUCUGCCAAUCAUUAAAAACCUGGAUUUGUCACAUCGCAAUUCUUGUUCACUUUUUAAUUUGAUUGUUUUAUUACUUUUGACAGGCACAUAUUACAUCAUUAUUGUAUUCACUUCUAAAUCAAAGCAGCGUAGUCGAGCACCCUGUCUUACAACAGCUCUUGUUAUGGAACUUGUUAUAUGUUCCAAGUCUUACUUUGCUGACUACCGAGUAUUUCAGUACACCAUGAAUUAAAAUACCAAAAAUUUAAAA